AUGAGAGCUGCACGAGUUCGACCUACGUCCCCUGAGGGUACGCCUUACGGUUUCCCUGGAAAUGUAGCUCCGUCUUCAGCCAUUGAAAUCCACGAUGACGUACCCAAACCACAAAUCUCAAAGCCUGGCGAAUUACUAGUUCAAGUAAAAGCCUCUACCGUGUACAAGGACAACCUCGAGUGGAACGAACUGUACCCCCCGAGCCAUGCUACCUUGGGAAACGACUUUUCUGGCAUCGUCGUUGCCAUUCAUGACAGCGAGCAGGACUUCCAUGUCGGCGACCACGUGUACGGCAUGACGCAUGCCAAUCGCGGGGGUGCAUGGGCCGAGUACGCCAUCGUCACGACGGAAGAAGCCGUCAAGAAGCCGGACAAUCUGUCGUGGGAGGAGGCCGCCGCAAUUCCCGGCAGUGCUCUCACGGCUGACCAGGCCUUGUUCAGGCAUGUUGGACUCGAGACAACAGCCGCGGGGAACGGUGGACAAAAGAGGGUUCUGAUCACCGGCGCUGCCGGUGGCAUCGGCACGUUUCUCGUGCAGUUUGCCGCUCUAGCUGGACAUCACGUCGUGGCGGCGUCCAGCUCCAACGAGCAGAACGAGUCGUUCUUGCGCUCCAUCGGUGCCCACGAAGUGGUGGAUUACAAAGACUUUGGCGCUCUGGACAAGGUCGACGUGGUUGUGGAUUCCGUUGGGUUCCAGGUUCUCGCAGACUGCUGGAACGUCGUCAAGCAAGACGGCGGCACCCUGUUGUCCUUCGACGCGUGCAGCUGGGGGUACAGAGAAGCGCACAAGGAGCAAGGAAUCAGCAAAGGGAAAGAAGGCGUCCGGGCACUGUACAUGAUUGCUGAGCCGUCGAGGGACAGCAUGGCGCGCAUCACGGAACACGUUGAGAAGGGAAACAUAAAAGGGCGUGUAGCGAAAACGGUGUCUCUCAACGACGUGCGGGAAGCGUAUGAAUCGGCUCAUUCUAGAGGUCUAGGGCAUGGAAAAAUCGUGGUGUUGAUCUGA